AUGUCUCCAACCUCCAGUCCUCAGCCCGCCUUGUCCAGCCAAGGUCAAGGCGAAGAGGGCCCUCAGAAAUCCUCGGCUGGUCCCGACGGGUAUGACGCGUUUGAGAACACAAAUAAUAAGAAGAAGCGGAAAAUCCCCACCCCGGGGAAUAUGGGCGGCCAUCACUCUGCGCUCUCCCCAGAGUUUGCGAGUAUGGGGUUGGCCAAUUCGACCCCGUCCCCGGCCGCGGCCAGUGACGGGAUGUCAACAGGUACAUAUUAUGGAAGUGGAAAUCCUGCAUCGCCUUUGGGCAGUGGGAUCUCCGGUUCAGGCCGAGGUCGUUUGGGGCGGAGCUCAACUCGCAGCAACCCCGGGCGAAAUCCCUUGUCCGCCAACGCGCAGAACGCGUGGAUGAACACUCGAACCCCCAGUCGGCGGGAUGGUCUGAUGUCCUCUUCUGGACCCUCCGGCGAGCCGUCCGAUCAAGGCAUCAUUUCGACUGCUAUUGCUAACGCAGCCACCCGUUCGUCCCCCCCACGAGGCCCGAGCAAUGUCAGCCUGCUCGACCAAGAGAAUAUCACCCCGACCAAGACGCAAUUCACCUUUACUUGCGAGUCCGACUCAUCCAAAGGGAUGGCGCUGCAGCGGAAUUCAUAUUCUGUGCCGUAUCACUCCCCAACGUCCCCUCUCGCACCCACCACCCAGAACCCCCGAGGAUUCUCCACCCAAGCCACGCAGACGAGUCCAAACAUGGCUGCACCCAUGAACCAGCACGUCCCACCGGGCACACAACCCCCACCUCCGCAAGGAGACCAAGGGUCCAUGGGUCGCAAGAAGAAACGUUCCCCGGGUAGCAUCUACGCCCUGGCCGCGCGACAACGCAAAAUCCAGCAGCAGUAUACCAACAUCCACCACCCGCCUAGCCUGGAAGACAUCUGGAUCUGCGAGUUCUGCGAGUACGAGAGCAUUUUCGGGCACCCGCCAGAGGCGCUGAUCCGGCAGUACGAGAUCAAAGACCGCAAGGAGCGCAAGCGACUGGCCGAGAAGAAACGCCUCCUCGAAAAGGCCAAGAUGAAGGGCCGCAAGACCAAGAAGGGGACCAAGAACGCGAAGAAUGCCUCACAGGGAUACCAGCAAGGCUACGACCGUGCCUCGGUCGACCACUCCUCUGCCGCCGGGUCAGGCCUUCCGGAUGACGAGUACAUAGGCCACGAGUACGACGAUGAGCCAGAGUCUAUCCCGGGCCCGCAUCCUGCGUCCCCGACUGAACUCAGACCCCCGCUGCCGCCGGCAAGCCAUCCACCCCCGGCAGCUCCGACUGGCGGGACUGCCAAGGGUGCUGUAGACGCCGGGGCUAGUCCGCCCGCCUGA